UGCUGCGUCGGCCUUCUGUCCCAUUCCGGCAUAUCUUUGUUCUAGUUUACCCAUGUGCAAGGGUGAGCUCCAACGCUAGCUUCUUAUUCUGAGUUAAAUUUCCAGCGCCAUCAUGACUACCUCCAAUCGCUCGACCGGAAAGAGACUGCCUAUAAGCUGCCAGGCAUGCCGAACGAGGAAGAUCCGCUGCUCUCGUGACGGGCGUCCAUGUCAGACCUGUGUUCGUCGUGGUCUGGGUGCAGAGGACUGUAUUUACCUGGGUCAGCCGAGACUCGCUUCCCAACAAGCCAUGACGGCUGCUCCACCUGACCAGAAUGAGAUGCUUGCACGAAUCAAUAGCCUCGAAGAGUUGCUUCACGAACAAAUUCACAUUCAGUCCAACGACGUUAUGUCACCCCAGAGAUCGCCCAGCGGGACCGAAAGUGGAGCCGAGUAUGAGCCUGCGUUUGAUGUUAGAUCCCGAGAACUCAGAUCCCGAUUACCCAGUGGCGCAGGCACUCUACAGACAUUCAAUGCCGGAUACGUUCGUUACUUGCCGUGGGUGAACAGUCCUCCGAUCUUCAGGGGCCAGUCAGCACCCAAUGUCGAGACCGAAAUCCCAGACGAAAGCGAUGAUCUGCAGCUGCCAUUCGCCAAGAAUCAUGUUUCUCGGGAUGAGCUGUUAGCGAUACUACCCCCCCGCCGAUAUUGCGAUGCGCUCAAAGACAUCUACCUACGAGUCUUCUCGCCUCUGUUCCACGUUCUUCACGACCUCACCUUUGAAACCGAGUACCAACAAUUCUGCCACGACGCCAACAGUGUCACCCCCGCAUGGAUCGCGCUUCUGUUUGCGAUUCUUUCUAUUGCUGUCACGGCACUCGAAGACGAUGAGAUUUUGCUCUCUGAUAUCGGGCGCGAGAAGACGGCGAGUCGAAACAUCAAGGCAUUAUCUGCACGCUAUCGGUCGGCCUCACUGCGAUGCCUGGCAGCAGAUAAUGUCCUUUCUCGACACUCGAUUCACUCACUCCAAUCUCUGAUCCUCGUCAACUAUGCUCGAGUCCACCGUGGUCUUCCCAUCUGGACUCUGCUAGGGUUUUCGCAUCAUGUAGCCAUCUCCAUGGGCUGCCACGUUGAUCCCAGCCGAUUCGAUCUCGGACUCAUCGAGCAGGAGGAGCGCAGACGUGCCUGGAUGGGGCUCACCUCGCUAUUUACUGUGCAGAGCAUAGUCUCUGGCUGUCUUCACAACACCAUCACACCCAACGAUGUGAAGACGCCCUUAGACAUCAACGAUGUUGACUUGCUGACGGGUUCUUUCUCGGGACAACCGGCGCACCCAACGCACAUGACGUACCUGCUAUUAGAAUCUCAUCUCAACCGAGUCCUGAUGAUGGUAUGCGAUGCGCUGUUCAAUACGUCCCCGAGGUUUGUCCCCUAUCAACUCGAGACUCAGAUCCAAUCCGUCCGUGAGAUGUGCGACCAGCGGUACAAGCUCAAUUCCGGCCUCGAACCCCCCUCGCCGCCACACCAGGCCAACCUGAACAUCCUCUACAGCAACAUUCACCAGCUCCUUCUCCUCCUUUUCCGCCCCAGUCUCUGCGCCUAUUUGCAAGGCGAGUUUACUCCCGAGACAUAUGCGGCGCGGACCAAAAGCGUCUCCUCCGCCCGGGCCUCGCUGGCCAUCUACCAAGCCCUCCACGAGUCGCCCGCGUACGCCUCCUACAAGUGGUACAACAGCUACCUCGGCAGCUUCCACGCCUUCCACGCGGCCGUCGCCCUCUCCGUGACGCUCCUGUCCCCGGAAACCCAGUUCGAGUUCGAUGAAUCCAAGACGAUCCUCUGGGACGCCCUCGAGACCUUUGCCGCCCUCUCCAACCGUAGCAAUUUCUGCAGCAAGGCCGUGCCCGUUCUGCGUCAAAUCAUGUGAGGAGCUUCCCCUGAAAGACUAAGGGCACUUGCUCUUUCCCAAACUUGUCCUGGAUACCUUCAAGGCUAACCAUAUCGUUUUUGAUUGUCUACCA